AUGGCCGACUCGCACCACCCUCGCCGGGGGGCCGUCUUGGACGAGCGGAAGGCAAAGGAGUUGACGGAGAAGUUCCGCCAGGUCCUCAGCACGAAGCGCAUGAACGACCUCAGUGGCCGCUCGCGAUCCGCCUCACCCGCACCCUUCAACGCCGCCAUGCCUCCGGCCACCGCACCACCGCCCUCGUACAGCUCGUGCAUCAAGAACAUCCCUCUGCUACCUCGCGAGCCUCGUGACGCCCGCUCGCUGCGCUUCAAGAACAUGCUCAACUCGCUGUCCAACAUGCCCGUCAAGUGGGAGAACCCGGGCCUCCUCGACGAGGCGCUGCGCUCGAUACCACUGGACCAGAUCUACGGCGAGGCCGAAGAGGAGAGCCAGAUCUUCCUGGCCGAGGCCCAGAGCCUCGGCUCAGGCAAGAAGCCCGCUUGGGGCUACCAGGACUGCGUCGUGCGCGCAUUGCUCCGGUGGUUCAAGCGCUCAUUCUUCUCUUGGGUCAACAACCCCAUCUGCACCACCUGCGGCUCGCCCACCAUUGCCGUCGGAAUGGCCGCACCACUCCCGGACGAACAGGCACGAGGUGCCAACCAGGUCGAGCUGUACCGCUGCUCGCUGGAUCACUGUGGCUCCUACGAGAGAUUCCCCCGCUACAACGACGCUUUCGUCCUCCUCCAGACCCGGAAAGGAAGGUGUGGCGAGUGGGCAAACUGUUUCAGCAUGCUUUGCAGGGCUGUGGGAUCGCGCGUGCGCUGGGUAUGGAACUCGGAGGACCACGUCUGGACUGAAGUGUACUCCGUGCACCGGAAGAGAUGGGUUCACGUGGACGCAUGCGAAGAAGCUUGGGACAAGCCCCGGCUUUACACUGAAGGCUGGGGUAAGAAGCUCGCUUACUGCAUUGCCUUCUCCGCCGACGGCGCCAUGGACGUUACCAGGAGAUAUGUCCGCUCCGGCCGCCACGCUCUGGAGCGCAAGCGGGCAUCCGAGUCCGAGCUGCUUUACAUUAUGAACGAGCUCCGUAGCAUGCGGAGAUCAAAGCUUUCGAAGCAGGACAAGUUCCGUCUGGAAGGCGAGGACAUGGCCGAGGACCGUGAGCUGCGCCGCUACGUCGCCCAGCAGAUUGCCUACGAAAUCUGCAAGAUCAACCCCCAGGAUAUUCUCCGCGGAGGCCACAGCACCCGUUCGCGCCCGGAUCCCGAUGCACAAAAGGCUGCUGAGGGCCGGACCAGCGGCUCUACCGAAUGGAUCCGGCAAAGGGGUGAGGGCGGCGCACACAACCCUCAGAACCAACCUCCCCGGAGAUGA